AUGAUUUACCUGUUAGCCCUUCCUGUCGUCGCCAUUUGCGUCUACCGAUAUAUCAUCUACCCCCUAUACUUCUCGCCACUCUCCUCGAUUCCCAAGGCCCAUUUUACGUCCGGAUUCCUUCCAGCAUGGCUCUGGUGGAUACGCAACUAUCGCUGCCGUGAGGUAUCGACCAUCUACUCCCUCCACAAGAAGUUGGGGCCCAUCGUGCAGCUAGCCCCAAAUGAGAUCAGUGUCAACUCAGCCAACGGUCUCAAAACUAUCUAUCUCGGCGGAUUCCCCAAGGAUAAAUAUUAUGAAGACCUGUUCGUGAAUUAUGGCCGUUACCCUAACCUGGCGAGCAUGCUGCCCUUCAAAGCUCAUUCGGAACAGAAGAGGAUGGUUUCCCGUGUUUAUUCAAAAUCGUUCAUCCUAUCCUCAGAGGACCUGCGAGUGGCUUCAGAGCGGCUGAUUUGGGAGAGAUACUUGCCCAUGUUUGAGAAGAUCGCUCUGCCGUCUUCAUUCCCCUCGGAUCGUGAAGAGGAGAGAUUGAACCUUGGCCCGGACAGAACAUUGAAUGUCUUCCCUCCCUUCCAGGCGUUGGGUAUGGAUUUUAUGUCGGCCUACCUGUUCGGGAUUGAUAACAGUACGGAUUUCCUGCGCGAUACAAAAUAUCGUGACCAUUGGCUGGAGCUGUACUCCAAGUUCAAGACCCAGCUCCCCAGUCAGAGAGCAUUUGGCGAAGUCGAGAGUCUGUGCCUGAGGAUGUGUGACCAGGUUGCGAGUCAGAUAUCUGGGAAGGAGAAGACGGAAACAGCACCGAAACCCGGCUCUACCGGACCAGUUGUCUAUAGUCAGCUCUCAAAUGGGAUUCUCUCUCAAAUAAAUCAGAACAGCCCUUCCGAUAGAGAGGACGCCAGACUUAGAAUCGCCUCUGAGAUGAUGGACCAUAUAGUUGCUGGCCACGAGACGACGGGGAUAACGUUGACUUACAUUGUUUACGAAAUGUCGCGAAAUCCUUCACUGCAAGAAAAGCUGCGAGAGGAAUUACUUACCUUAUCUCCACCGAUAUUAUACCGCAGAGACGAUAAUUCAGAGACCACCAAGGGCGACGGCAAAAUUGGUAGCCGUCUUCCUUCUUUCUACUCUCUCGAUGAGCUCCCGCUACUCAACGGAAUCGUCCACGAAACCCUUCGCGUAUACCCAGCUGCACCAUUGCCAUUGCCCAGAAUUGUGCCGUCUGGUAAAGUGGCGGAGCUAGAAGGCUAUAAGAUACCUGCCGGAACCAGGGUGAUGUCGUCUGCAUACACCUUACAUCGAACUCCAGAUGUAUUCCCGGAGCCCGAGAGCUGGAGACCUCAAAGAUGGAUAGACGCGAACAAGGAGGAGCUAGAAAAGAUGCGAAGAUUGUUCUGGGCAUUUGGGAGUGGUGGAAGAAUGUGCCUGGGAAGUAACUUUGCACUUCAGGAUAUCAAACUCGCCAUUGCUGGACUGUACACGAAUUAUACCACCUUCAUCGUGGGCAACGACAGUAUGGAACAGACGGAAACAUUCAUAGCACAACCUGUAUCAGGCAAACUGGUAAUCGGGUCUCUUCCUCCGGGCUGGAACGCUGACCGCAAACCCCAUCGAUGGCUCGACAGAAGGCUUGUCUGCAUUUCCCGUCAGGCAAUCAUCAAGCUAGACUUCCAGCAUCUAGCUGCUGAGGCCAUGAGAUACUUGUGCGGUAAUGGGAAACCAGAUUUUGCACGGCAGACCCAGAUCAAAAAGGAGACGGCGAUUUGGAUAGCGUAUCAAAAAAUCAUGCUGGGCCGACAUAGCAGAAAUUCCGCUCCCAACCAACCCCCGGAUGAAGUCACCCCUGAUGAAGUGAGGGAUGCGUGUUCACUAGCUGUGGCUCUAUGUGGAACAAAUAGGCUAUGCCGGGAGCUAAAAUCUUUAUCUCCCAAGGAACUCUAUCAAAAGUUCCUACAAGCUAGGCUUUCGGUAGCGGCAUCUCGCAACGACGAAGAGCGAGUAGCGUCCUUGAUAUCCCAUGGGGCUGACGUGAAUUCUCCAAAUACACUGUUUGGACCACCAUUAUACGGUGCGGUUUAUGGUUCGAAUAUUCCUAUUGUGAGGCUCUUGUUGGAGCAUGGCGCAGAUCCUUAUGCUCUAAACCGUGGAGGAUUACCACUUUGGCUAGAAACACCAGAACAAAAUAUGCCUUUGCAACGGAUACUCGCUGGCCUUGACAAGCUUAACCCUAGUACAUUUGAUAGGGUCGACUACAAUGCUCUUUGGUUGUCCUGUACUAUCGGGGAUCUGGAGACAUUACGUCUUAUUUUAGAGAACAGUCCUACUGAUCCGGAUUUUGAGGCCCGCGUUCCGCCUAUCAUUAUCGCUGCCCGUCGGGGCCAUGAUGAAAUUUUAGAAGUGCCGAAAAAUCCGCCCAAAGGUCUACCCGCAGAUUACAACUAUCUAAAUAUGUGCCCCAUCUGGCUCAUGGUCCAUCGUGGGCACUCUGAUGCAUUGCAGUUUCUUUUAGAUAAGAUCCAUAUAAGCACGAAAAAUCCCGAACACGUUUUCGAGCGUCUUCUGUGCUCCUCUGCAGGGUUCGGCCACACUGAUAUCGUGAAAAUGAUACUCAAACGUAGCCCGGUCAAUCUAAAUUUUUUCCGCUACUCCUUUGGCCCGCCUUUAGUUAAGGCUGCCAGUAAUGGACACCACGAGUUAGUCCAGGUUCUACUGCAGAAGGACCUGGACGUCAAUGUACGGUCUAAGGAUAAUGUUACGCCGCUCUGGGUCGCUGUGUACAAUGGCCACGAAGCGGUCGUGCGGGUGUUACUACGCUGUGGAUCUGUUAACCCAAAUAUCACAUGUCCGAUAGGCACUGAUAAUGUUCCUCCACUAACACUGGCUGUCGCAUACGGGAAAACACAGAUGGUAGAAAUGUUGCUUGAGAGGGCAGAUAUCAGAGUCAAUGCGACUAUACCAAACACCACCCGCACAAUAGUCGCGGGUACGGCAGUAGCGGAUGCGGCUCAUCGAGGGGAUGCAGAAGUUGUUCGUCUAUUUUUAAGGCGUAAAGAUCUCAGGCUAGAUACUGUUAGUUUUUGUGGCCGGACCCCUGUGAUAUGGGCUGCAGAGGGUGGCCACCAUGAAGUCGUGCGGCUUCUCCUCGAACACGACCUUGAAACUAUAGAUACCCAGGAUAUAUGUGGCGAAACAGGUUUGAUUAGAGCUGCCUGCCUAGGCCAUGUAUCUGUUAUCCGGGUCCUACUGGAAUUUGGUGCAGACACCCAGCUGGAGGAUCUGGAAGGUCGUUCGGCAUUGUGGUGGGUUUGUAAGCGCCAGGACCACGAAAUGGAACAACUUCUAUUAAGGUAA